AUGUCUGCCAAAAAUGUCAAUCAGCAGAAGCGCACAUCGCCUGCGGUCAACUUGAUCGCUGGUGGUGGUGCCGGUAUGAUGGAGGCUCUCGUGUGCCAUCCUCUAGACACAAUCAAGGUCCGCAUGCAGCUGUCAAGGAGGGCCACAGCACCUGGGGUUAAGCCACGCGGGUUCGUGGCCACCGGUGUUCAAAUUGUGCAAAAGGAGACCGCUAUGGGUCUGUACAAGGGUCUUGGUGCCGUGCUGGGUGGUAUCAUCCCGAAGAUGGCCAUCCGAUUCACCUCAUACGAAUCAUAUAAGGGCAUGCUCGCCAAUAAGGAGACAGGCGCCGUGAGCAGCAAAGCCACUUUCCUUGCUGGUCUUGCCGCCGGUGUUACCGAAGCCGUGGCCGUUGUCAACCCUAUGGAAGUUAUCAAAAUUCGUCUGCAGGCCCAGCACCACAGUUUGGCCGAUCCCCUGGACGCCCCCAAGUACCGCAGCGCCCCCCACGCGCUCUUCACCGUUGUCAAGGAAGAAGGCUUCAGCGUCCUCUACCGCGGUGUCUCCCUGACCGCCCUCCGACAAGGAACCAACCAGGCCGCCAACUUCACCGCAUACACGGAACUGAAGGCUGCUCUGCAGCGCUGGCAACCCGCCUACAGCGACAGCCAGUUGCCCGCUUACCAAACCACCAUGAUUGGUCUGAUCUCCGGUGCCGUCGGACCCUUCUCCAACGCUCCCAUCGACACCAUCAAGACCCGUCUCCAGAAGACCCGUGCUGAGCCCGGUCAGUCCGCUGUCUCCCGUAUCAUGGUCAUCGCCAAGGAUAUGUGGAAGACUGAGGGUUACCGCGCUUUCUACAAGGGUAUCACCCCUCGUGUCAUGCGUGUUGCUCCCGGCCAGGCUGUUACUUUCACCGUCUAUGAGUACCUCAAGGGUAAGCUCGAGGGCUCUAACUGGUCUUUCGUUGGUGGUAGCUUUGAUGAGUAA